AUGGUUUUUCUUUCCUUCCAUCUUCAGGGUUGUUUCAGGCGAAAUGUGACAGUUGUGACUAUAUAUGCAUCAUUGGGAGAGGAAGCUUUAUCUUACUCAUUGAAUGAGACAGAGGUUACAACAGUGAUAUGUGGGCGAAAAGAAUUGAAAACACUAGUAAAUAUAAGUGGACAACUUGACUCAGUGAAACGUGUGAUAUGCAUGGAUGAUGAUAUCCCAUCUGAUGCCUCUUCUAUUGCAUAUAACUGGAGAAUCACUUCAUUUGCUGAGGUUGUGAGACUUGGCAGAGAAAAUCCUGUUGAAGCUGAUUUACCCCUUUCAGCAGAUGUUGCAGUUAUAAUGUAUACAAGUGGAAGUACAGGAUUACCCAAGGGUGUGAUGAUGACACAUGGCAAUGUCUUAGCUACACUCUCGGCUGUGAUGACCAUUGUUCCUGAUAUUGGGACAAAGGAUAUAUAUCUUGCAUACUUACCGAUGGCUCAUAUCUUAGAAUUAGCAGCUGAGAAUUUGAUGGCAGCUGUUGGGGUUCCUAUAGGAUAUGGAUCUCCUCUGACCCUUACUGACACAUCAAACAAGAUUAAAAAAGGGACAAAGGGGGAUGCUACUGCACUGAGGCCAACAUUAAUGGCAGCUGUACCGGCAAUUCUUGAUCGUGUCCGUGAUGGAGUGUUCAAGAAGGUAAAUGCAACAGGAGGAUUUCCGAAGAUGUUGUUUCAUUUUGCCUAUGCGCGGAGGUUACAAGCAGUUAAUGGUAGUUGGCUUGGAGCUUGGGGCCUGGAAAAGGCUCUUUGGGAUUUUCUUGUGUUCAGAAAGGUCCGGGCUAUUCUGGGUGGCCGUAUCCGUUUUAUACUAUCCGGUGGUGCUCCCCUUUCUGGUGAUACCCAGCAGUUCAUCAACAUUUGUCUUGGUGCUCCAAUCGGUCAAGGAUAUGGUCUUACCGAGACUUGUGCGGGUGGGACAUUCUCUGAUGUUGAUGAUCCUUCUGUUGGUCGUGUUGGACCACCUCUUCCAUGCUCAUUUAUUAAGCUAAUCGACUGGCCUGAAGGUGGAUAUUUAAUAAAUGACUCUCCAAUGCCCCGAGGAGAAAUUGUAAUUGGUGGUCCAAAUGUCACUCUCGGGUAUUUCAAAAAUGAAGAAAAAACAAAAGAAUCGUACAAGGUUGAUGAAAGAGGAAUGAGGUGGUUUUACACUGGUGACAUUGGGAGAUUUCAUUCAGAUGGAUGUCUUGAAAUCAUUGACCGUAAAAAGGACAUUGUUAAACUGCAGCAUGGAGAAUAUGUCUCAUUGGGAAAGGUUGAGGCAGCUCUUAUUGUUAGCCCUUUCGUGGACAAUAUUAUGGUUCAUGCUGAUCCUUUCCACAGUUACUGUGUGGCACUUGUGGUGGGUUCUCAGUUCACAUUGGAGGAAUGGGCUUCAGAACAAGGUAUUUCAUAUAUCAAUUUUUCAGAUCUGUGUGCAAAAGAAGUAACUGUGAAGGAGGUGCAUACAUCACUUGUAAAGGAGGGAAAGAAGGCUCAUCUGGAGAAAUUUGAGAUUCCUGCAAAAAUUAAAUUGCUUUCCGACCCAUGGACCCCUGAGUCUGGCCUAGUCACUGCUGCUCUCAAACUCAAGAGAGAGGCCAUAAAAAAGACUUUUGAUGAAGAACUUUCAAAGUUGUAUGCUUCAUAG